AUGGUGGAAUCUCCCUACAAAGAUUCAGUUGAUUGGUCGAAAUGGCUCAUCUUUUGGGUGGAUGAGAGGGUGGUUCCUUUGGAUAGUGAUGACAGUAAUUAUAAACUUGCCUGGGAUGGUUUUCUCUCAAAGGUACCAAUUUCUCCCAGUAACAUUUAUGCCAUCAAUGACAAGCUUUCACCAGAGGGUGCGGCAGAUGAUUAUGAAACACGUCUCAAGCAUUUGGUCGAGAGCAAAAUUAUACCUUUAUCUAACGCUAGUGGAUUCCCCAAAUUUGAUCUUAUGCUUCUUGGAAUGGGGCCAGAUGGACAUGUGGCUUCGCUAUUUCCUACACGCCAGCAACGUUAUGAGAAGAAUCGGUGGGUUACCUUCAUUAUCGACUCUCCCAAACCUCCUCCACCGAGGAUCACUUUCACGUUGCCUGUGAUCAACUCAGCUACAGAGAUUGCAAUGGUGGUCACCGGUGCUGAGCUGGCCGAUACAGUAAAAAAAACAUCAGGAGGUGGACUUGCUCCUGGUUCAACUCCCCUUCCAUGCAUGGAAGUUUCACCUGAAGGAGAACUGACAUGGUUUUCGGACAAGGAUGCUACUUCUAAACUAUGA